UAUAAUAAGAAGGAACGACUAUCUUCGUUCGUCUAUUGUCUGUCUAGGGGAGACUAGUUUACACUGCGGCGCAGCGCAAUGAAUCGUUAACUCCACGAAGCGUCAUUGGCAUGCCACGAGCUCCGUCGACCUUCCUGGACCGAUCCUGAGUUCCUGUUGACGGACAGGAAGCCACUCGGAACCGUGGAAAUGAAUUCUAAGCCACUGGUUCUACUUAUCUGACGAAAGGGCGAAAAGUGAGGCGUCCGUCGAUACAGCAGCGUUCAAUCUCGUUCAAUCCAGUUGUUACUAACGGGUGGACAGUCUGAGCAAAUGGAAUUCGCGGGACCAAACUAACCUGUUCUGAUCUAAUCGGUUCGAGGGACGUAAUGUCCCAGUCCAUGAUUGAACAACCGAAUUCAACGCGAACCUUUAAAAGCAUCAGUCGCGCUUCUACCAGGGAAGAAUUUCUUCCCUUCUUCCUGCCAUCACGGUUUUGCCAUGACUUCUGAACUCAAGCAGCAUGAUGCCUCGGAGGAGCAGCCGGGGGACUCAAAUUCGGAUCUCAAAGAUGUGCCGAUGCUGACGCCAGAACAGGAGAGAAAACUGUGGAGAAAGGUUGACGUGCAGUUGAUGCCCAUCCUCACUGUGAUGUACUUGCUGUCUUUUCUUGAUAGAGGUAACAUCGGUAAUGCGAAGUUGGACGGGCUCGUCACUCAGCUGGAUCUCACGGGAAACAGAUAUAACAUAGCAUUAACGAUGUUCUUCAUACCGUAUUGUCUGUGUGAAUGCCCCGCUAACCUUGUUCUCAAAGUAUUCAGGCCAUCCAGAUGGCUUCCAGGGAUUAGUCUAAGCGAGUCUACUGUUAGGACACUCAUGAGUUUAGUGAAGACAUACCCUCAGCUUGUUGGAGUGCGAGCCUGUCUUGGCAUUGCGGAGGCAGGUUUGUUUCCUGGUGUGGUUUAUUACCUUACUUUGUGGUACCCGAGACACAUGCUACAAUAUCGAAUUGGCCUGUUCGUUGGCGCCGCAACAGUUGCAGGUUUGUUGUUUUGCUAUGUUCUCAAGUUUUUAAUGGCGAAAGAAAAUUUAGGUGCUUUCUCCGGUCUACUGGCAUUUGCGAUUGGUCAUAUGAGUGGCACCGCGGGACUCGAAGGAUGGUCUUGGAUCUUCUUGCUUGAAGGCCUUGCAACAAUAGUUGUAGCCAUCAUUGCUCUCUUUGUGUUGGUAGACUUUCCGGACACAGCUACAUUCUUGACCCCGGAAGAGCGUGCUUUUAUCGUCUGGAAGAAAAAAUACGACAAUUCAUCAGUGGGCGAGGAAGAGGGUUUUGCAGCCAGGCACGUCUGGGCCGCAUUCGGGGACUGGCAGGUCUGGCUUCACAUCCUCGUUUACAUGUCAAUUGUUGGGCCUUUGUACGGCAUCACUCUGUUUCUCCCCUUUGGAUAUAGCACACCAGUCAGCCAGUUGCUCACUGUACCACCAUAUAUCGCCGCAACUAUCACAUUGCUCGUUUUUGCGUAUUACUCGGACAAGUUGAAGAUGCGAUUCCCUUUCAUUCUUGCCGGCCUUGUAAUGUGUCUCGUCGGCUUUUCAAUAAAUAUAUCCACCGCACCUGACGGUGUCAAGUACUUUGGGACUUUCUUCAUUGUCAUAGGAAGCUAUGCAGCAGUUCCUGGCUUAGUUUCUUGGCUCGGGAACAAUCUUUCCGGCCAGUACAAGAGAGGUGUCGGCAUGGCCCUCCAGAUCGGCAUCGGAAACUUCAGUGGUGCAAUUUCAUCCGUCAUCUAUCGGUCACAAGACUCACCUCGUUUUAUUCUCGGCCACGCAGUGGAGCUCAUGUUUGUUGGGAUUGGAUUCAUCUUUUUACCAAUUGUGGUUUUCCUUUACAAGAGGAUCAACGCACAGCGUGACGCCGCCGAGCGCAUAGCAAUGGAACGGGGAGAGAAAGUGCAGUAUUCGGACGAAGAAUUACGGGAGUUGGGAGACCGUGCGCCUGACUUUAGAUACACAUUGUAAGUAGUAAUACUUGGUAUCGAGGAUGUAAC